AUGGAUCCUUCUGAGCAAAGCUGUGAACAAUGGAGUUCACUCAGUGGAUUUUACACAGCUGAGGAAGCUGAUUUUAUGGGUCAGUUACUUGAUAACUGUCAAGUCCCUGAACACAGUUAUGGAAAUUUCAAUUUGGAAGUUCCAUCUACGUUAUGGCCAGGACAUGGCUCAACAAUAAUGAGCAUGAAUAACUCCAUUUCCGAUAUAAAUGGCGGUUACAAUUGUUUGAAUGAUGAUCAAGUAGCAAACAUUGGUUACAUUUCCAUGCUGAAUGGCGACUUCGGCCCUUAUAGUGCACAGAUAACUGAAAACAACACUGAUGAAGAGUUUGGCCAAGAGGUUAUUGGUGACAAGAAUUUUCAUGCUCAUGUGGAAUGUGAAGAGGUACUGGUUUCUGAAUCAGUGGAAGAUGGUGUUAAUAUCAACAUGGAAAAGUCAGGAAAAAGAUCUAGAAGCUCAAUGAAGGUUCAAAAGAAUAAGAAAAAUAUCAAAUCUAGAAAGAAAACAAAGUCGGCUUUCAUAAGCAACACUGAAGAGGAUGAAAGUCCGGACCUUCAGGAGCCGAUUUUGAGCUCGGAGGAGGAUGACUUCAAUGCUUCUCAGAAGCUAAAUGAAGAAGGGUCUUCGAUCUUAAACCGGGACGAUUCAGCGUCUGUGAAGUUAAAAGGAAAAUCAAGAUGUGAUAGAGGUUCUUCCACUGAUCCACAAGGUGUCUAUGCAAAGAAAAGAAGAGAAAGAAUAAAUGAAAGGUUGAAAAUCCUACAAAGCCUAGUCCCCAAUGGAACCAAGGUUGAUAUCAGUACCAUGCUUGAGGAAGCUGUGCUAUAUGUGAAGUUUUUGCAGGUCCAAAUUAAGCUUCUUAGCUCUGAUGAUCACUGGAUGUAUGCUCCCAUUGCUUACAAUGGAAUGAACAUUGGACUUAACCUCAACAUUGCACCAACCAAACUACCAUAG